AUGGCCGACGAGGCGAUUAAAUCUAGUAGCCAUAAUGUCAUUCAAUUUAAUCGCGAGAGAUUCUGUUUUAUGGUUGCCGAAAGCAUUAAUCAACGCGAUGGUCGGCCAUUAGGUACUUUUAGCGUUGAUCUCAGGAGAGGGUGGUGCGAUUGUAGGAGGUUUCAGGCAUUUCAUUUACCUUGCUCUCAUGGAAUCGCAACAUGUGCCAGUAUACGACAGGACCAUAACAUGCACAUACCAGAUGUUUUCAAGGUUCUAAGUGUAUUCAAAGUAUACAGCCAAAGCUUCCUUAGACUACCACACCAGCAAAAUUGGCCAACAUAUGAAGGAUUCACUCUUUGCCAUUACGAGACAAUGCGAAGAAAUAAGAAAGAGCGUCCAAAUAGUACAAGAAUUACAACUGAAAUGGACGAUUUUGAGAAAGAAAAGAGAAGAUGUGAAAUUUGUCGAGAAAUCGGUCAUAUGCGGAGAAAAUGUCCGAACGUGGCAGGCCCAUCAAAUCGGCCCGUCUAA